AUGAAUUCGGGAGGAGUAAUUGGCAUAGUUAUCGGCGGAAUUCUGUUAGCAUUGGCAGCGUUCGCCGCCAUUGCCGUUCUAGUAUGGUGCUUGUGUCGGAGGAAUACCGGCGAUAGUAAGUUUUUUCGAGUUUUGUGAUGUUAUAGUAGACCUUAGGAGAAAAAGCUUUUUUAUAAUUAGCUCAAUCUUAGUUAAAUUACUUUAAGGUAUAAAGAUAAGUAUAGUAAUCAUUUUCUAUAUAAAAUACUGUAGUAAAAAUACCUUUCUUUAAGAUUAGAAAUGCCUUCUUUGAUACUGACAUUUCCAGAGAUGUACAACAACAAUAUGCGGUCUAAAGACGACGCCGAUGCCAUGCUCGACAUUCCGGUGGAUCCGUACUACAAGCCCGAGGACUUUAAGUACGAAGGCACGGUAAAGAUGAAACCCCUCAAGAUUAACAAGAUGGACGUCGCCCAACCGAUGGCUGUCAAAGACGAAAUGCCUGCCGACGCCCACUUUCAGCACACUUCAGGAGAAGGGAACGUCUUCUACGAUAUAUGUGAAGGUUCCACGGGUUCCAAAAAUUAA